AUGCGGGCUUUAAGCCCAGUGGUAAAGCCCCCGCCGGCCUCGUUAGGGCCCAGUUUUCUCCCAAACACUGCAAGCUCAUGUGUGGCAAAAAGUCCUGCUGAUGGUACUCCAAGAAGACCUGUUUUAUCUGUCAGUGCAAGAAAAAUUAAAGAUAAUGCAGCAGACUGGCAUAAUUUAAUGAUGAAAUGGGAGAGACUGAAUGAUACUGGAUUUACUACGGCAAACAAAAUAGUUAACAUGAAGAUCAGUGAGCAAUUUCAAGACAACAAACUGGAGAUAGCGUGUGAUAACAGUGCCACAGAAUCUGAAAAGCCAACUCCAAAAUACAAUGAAGAACUGGACAAUUGCUGUGCAGAAUUACUUGAGACCUUAAAGCAUAUGACAAAAAUACAACUGAAAAUGGAAAAGCUUACUUCAACUACCAAAGCAAUCUGUGACUUGGAAACAUUCCACCACGGAGCUGGGAAUUGCGCACCACCCUUCUUUCAUACAUGGCCCACACCAUACUUCUAUGAGGUUUCUCUGAAGCUCUCUGAAAUGUACAAGAAGGAACUACAACUCAAGCAAACAAUUGUACAAGAAAUUGCUCAUUCUGCUGACCAGGAUCUGAUGAUGGUCUAUUUAUCGUCAUGGUUAUACCAGCCUUACAUUGAGAACAGCAGCAAACUACUACUUGAAGCCAUGCUGCUGGAAACAGGACACAGACAGUGCUAGAAUUUCAGAUGUUACAUGGCUUGCUUCUCAUGAUGCCUACGUGAAACUGAAAUGGCAAAUAGCAAGGCUUACUAAGUAAGUUGAUUUUUUGUAAAAUUUAUUAAAAAUAUUUUUCUCUAUUUGUUUUUAUUA